GAAAUACUCUUGUUGGUACUACAGAUUCUCCUUCAGAAGUAACAUUUAAUCCUAUGCCUAAAGAAGAAGAAAUUAUGUGGGUUUUGAAUGAGUUUAAUAAAUUUUUGACUCCUGAAACAAAAGUUAGACGAAAUGAUGUUCUAGCUGCUUGGGCUGGAAUUCGUCCACUUGUCAUGGAUCCUGAAGCAAAAGAUACUUCAGCUUUGGUACGAAGUCAUAUGGUCCAUGUUAAUGAUUCAGAUUUGAUUACUAUUACUGGUGGAAAAUGGACUACUUAUCGAAAUAUGGCUAAAGAAACUAUUGAUAAAGCUAUUGAAGUUUUUAACUUGAUGCCACUAAAUGAAUGUCAAACUGAAAAUGAAAAGCUUAUAGGAUCUCAAGGAUAUUCCGAAACUAUGUUCAUUGAAUUGAUUCAACAAUUUGGAUUGGAUACUGAAGUAGCGCAACAUUUAGCUCAUGAUUACGGUGAUAGAGCAUGGGAUAUUGUAAAAUUGACACACCAAGCAGGUAGUAAAAGAUGGCCUGUUCCCAUACAAAAGAUAAAUUCGCAAUACCCAUAUAUCGAUGCUGAAGUUCGAUUUGCCAUACGACAGGAAUUUGCAUGUACAGUAGUAGAUGUGAUAGCAAGACGAACUCGUCUCGCAUUCUUAAAUCCACAAGCAACAUUGGAAUCUUUACCGCAUAUAAUUGAAAUCAUGA